ACGAAUUACCUAAAUUUUAAAAUCAUUAUAACAUCUUAAAAUUGAGAAGCAGAAUUUUAAGAUUUAUAUAAAUACAUUAUAAACACAGUGCACUAGCAAACAAAUGUUAAAGUAUUUUAUUCUAUGCAAACGACGCGUUAUAUUUAUUAUAUAGUAAAUUAAAUAACAGUCCAUUGUAUACUAAUUUGAGGAACCUAAAAUAAUGAUAGUUUAAUGGCAUAAUGGAUGCAAUUGUAAAUAUUUACGUCGUUUAAGUUUUAACGUGCAUUUUUAUUCUUUUGUCAAAAUGAUAAACGGUAAUAUAUCUUUGGAAGAAGAUACAGAAUUAAGAGAUCUUGUUGUACAAACUCUUGAAAAUAAUGGCGUUCUAGCAAAAGUGCGAGCAGAACUACGAGCUAGUGUAUUUCUCACUUUGGAAGAACAGGAAUCUGUUUUAAAUCCUGAACCAUUUUUAAACAAAUCUGUAAAACAAUACUUGUCAAAUUCAGAGGGAAAGUUAUUAUUUUCUUUAGUGAGAGAAUUCUUAGAAUAUUUUGGACUUGACUACACAAUUUCUGUAUAUGAUCCAGAAACCUAUUUUGGUAAAGAGUACAAUUAUAGUGGUAGAAAAAAACUUUGUGAGGAAUUGGGAAUUAAUUCAGAGGAACCAUUGCUUGGUGAAAUUUUAAAAAGUACUAUAAGCAGUGCCUUAUAUAAUUCACAAAAGAAUGAUUCCAAUAAUCUCAGUACAAAUAAGGCCAGUGAAACCACAGAGCAUAUUGCAAAUACAACUUUUGAUAUAAGUAUACCAAAAAUUUUACAGAAAGAUUUAAACUCUAUCGCCAACGAUACAUCACAAAAAUUAGAAAAUCCAUGUGAUUCUAAUUUAGAGUUACCUUAUAAUUUGACAAUAAAUAAUCAAAAUGAAUUAGUUAAUAAUGAAAUUGUACAUGGUUCAAUUUCUGAAGUGCUUAGAUGUUCAGCGGAUAAAAUAAAAUGUAUUAAAAAUUUUCAAAAUUUAAAAGAUAAUUGCAUCGCUCUUGAUAAUAUGACUGAUCAAAACAAUAUCUUAUUAAAUGAAACCAACACAAAUAUAAACCAUCAUAUAUUAGGAAAUACGCAUUUAGAACUGCAUCAAAAUCAGGAAACAUAUAAAAAUAAAACAAAUAGCAUGGAACCUCAAACAACAAAUAAUGUAACAAAUAAAAAGCAAAUUGAACAAAUUAAAAAUAUUGAAAGUAAUAUAGAAUUUGACGAAAGAAUUGUUGAUGGAAUGAAAGAAAAAAUUAUUGAGUCUAAUAACAGUGACUUAUUAUUAGGAGAAAUAGCAUCAUUACCAUCUAUUAAUAAUUCAGUAUUUGCUGAUUUACCACCUUUAAAUGGGAAAAAAGCCAAUAUCAAUGACUUAAAGGAACUGAUGGAUUUAGCUCAAGGUGUAUCUCAAUACAAAGAUGACUAUACUUCAUCUCUGUCCAUCAGUACCAGUGAAGAAGGUCCUACAAAUGUUUAUAUUAAAUCAAAAAAUUCAUUAAGUAUGCAAAAAAAUAAACAAGCAUUAACGCAAAUCAUACAAGGCGAAAAUGAAAAUGAAGAAAUACAUGAAGAAAUAUCAAACAGUACAUCGUGUUUCGAUAAUAUAGUAAAAAAUCAUUCUGCUUAA